CUGGCCACUGGGGGAGAACUGUCAAAAUGCAAAAAAAAAUGUGAAAUCAAAUGUCGUAAAACGUAUUUUACACGACAAUAUGUGUAAUGACUCGAAGACUAGGUUAAAAGUUGUCAAUAAUUGCACGCUUAUACUGAUUUUGUGAAAACAUUAUUAUAAAUUCUAGACAAGAACAAUGGAUUCUGUUGGUUACAAAAUUGGAAGGUUAUGUACAGACCGUGUAAUCAAAUAUCCAUAAAUUGUAUAAUUUUUAACGAGUAUACGUUCGUAAGUGUAGCAUAAGCAAAUGUGUUACAAGCCCUAGACAUGCUCUGUAAAAUAGAUGACCUACCGGACGAGAUUCUCGAAUACAUAUUGAGUUUGAUACCUCCCUAUAAAAAUCUCCAAGAGUGUACCCUGGUAUCUAAACGAUGGUAUCGCGCUACUCGGAAUGUAAUAGAGCACACUGAGGCACAUUUCCACAAAGCAGUAGGCCUGGGCUCACUCUUUUGGAAAACAUGGCCUGAAGCAGAGUGGCUUCCGACAAUCGGCAAACGUCAUUCCCAUUCAGCAUGUACUUAUGAAAAUUCUAUGUAUGUAUUCGGUGGUUGUACAGCUACGUGUACUACUUUCAAUGAUCUAUGGCGAUUGGAUCUGGACACACGAAAAUGGGUUAGGCCCAUCACUAUGGGUAGCUAUCCAUCACCUAAGGCAUGCACAACGAUGCUGUAUUACAAAAAGAACCUAAUUUUGUUUGGAGGCUGGUCUCAUCCAUCACCGUAUCCACUUCACCAGCAAUGGAAACUGUUCAAUGAACUGCAUGUGUAUUCAAUUGAGCUGAACAGAUGGAGUGCUAUCAAUGCUCUAGAAAGUCCGCCGCCAAGGUCUGCACACUCUGCAUCCAUUCAUGGAAAUCUCAUGGUGGUUUUCGGAGGAGUUUCCGACAGAGACAGUUCCAAUGAAGUUUGGUGCUUGAAUCUAGAUACUUAUAGCUGGCAUAAACAAACCACCUCUGCCUUGAAGCCAGAGCCGCGAUAUGGUCAGUCCCAAAUUGAACUGGACAGCACGCACUUGCUCAUACUAGGUGGAUGUACUGGGCCUAACGUAGCUAUGAAUGACGCAUGGCUACUAACAAUGGGAAGUUCAAAUUGGGUGUGGAGAAAGGUGAACAUGCUGCAUUCUACAUGUGCUCCCACACGAAUUUGGUGUCAUCAAGCUUGCAAGGUUGGGGAUUAUGUUAUUGUCCUGGGCAAGAACAAACAAAUGAGCCAGCCAAAUGAUAUGAGCAUCUCCAUGGGUAAAAAAGCUUGCCAAAGGCCAACAUCCUCCCAAGGGCAGGAGCCGAUACCACUAUUUGAAAGGCAAAGAAAUGUAGUGCAGAUAGACAGAGAUGAGAAUGUCAAUGGCCGUCGUGGCUCUUUUCCAAGAUCAUCUAUGCCCAUUCCACUUUCUCCAUCAUUGGGUUCCAAGCCUCAAAAAUCCUUGCCUGCCCAUGAAGAAAAUACUCUCGGUAUGGCUGCGUUUCGCGAAGAAUUGCCUCGAUCUCGACACAACGCGAAUAGGCAGCGGCAACUGGAGUCACUUCGCCGAAUGGAACAGAGGAUUCAGAAUAGAAAAACACAGUCCAAAACGGUAAAAAAAACCGAGAAUACACUGGCCAUAUAUGUGUUGGAUAUUUCGAAAGUUCUUAGUGAAGAAUGCAUCGCUUCUUGGAUACCUUUGAAACUGAAUGGCAAGGCAGGACCAGAUGAAAGAAUAUUAUACUCCAUGGUUCUCGGAAGAGGAGAGUUGAUAGUAUUUGGUGGUGUCCGAAAAGAACACAUGUCGAACCAGGGACAGAUCGGAUCUGACGAUUCCGAAGUUUACAAUGAUCUCCAUUUUAUAAAUCCGCUGCGAUACGUUAUAUAGUACAUCAAAAAGAAUUU